AUGUCCGGAAUGGAUUAUACAAGUAUCCGGUCAAAUUCGCUAUUUGGAACGCCAGCUCUGACAAGCACGACCCCAUCCGGUUUGCCCAGUGGACAUCAAAAACUGAAUUCAAAACGGAAAAAACGUCGACAUCGGACCAUUUUUACUCAGUUCCAGGUGGAUGAGCUGGAGAAAGCUUUUCAGGAAGCUCAUUAUCCAGAUAUGUAUGCUCGCGAAGUGUUAGCAAUGAAGACCGAAAUUGCUGUCGAUCGGAUACAGGUAUGGUUUCAAAAUCGUCGAGCAAAAUGGAGGAAGACGGAAAAAACGUGGGGUAAAAGCACGAUAAUGGCAGAGUAUGGACUGUACGGUGCGAUGGUGCGACAUUCGUUACCUCUGCCGGAAACGAUUACUCGCUCAUCCGAAAAUCCAACAGAGUCCGCUGCCCCCUGGCUAUUAGGUUUGUCUUACAACUCUUCGAAAUUUGUGUUAUGUGGCGUGAGAGGGUGGCUACCCUGCUGUAAAUCACCUCCUCGGGAACCAUCAAGAAAUUCGAUGUCU